UGACCGAUCAAGUUAAAUCUAUAAAUAAUAUCGUGUAAUAUUGUCACAUCGAAUAUUUCACAUAUAAGAACACUAAAGCCGUCACUUGCCAGCUAUUAAUUGAUAGCGAUUGAUUAAUUCGCUAUACCUAAAACUUUGAUAUAAAAAUGAAGCAGUAAUGAUGAUAAGAUCAAAAGAAUAAUCGCGGCAAGAGUACAUAUUGCGUUAUAGCAGCAAUUUAUAUCAGUUAAGACUGAUCUAAAAGAAACGUCAUUACAUAAAAGGCGUUUUUCUUCUAAAUCAUUCUUGAUACUGAUAUAAAUAUUUAUUGUAGCUUUAUAUCAAUCUAAUAUUGAAAAUCAACAUGCCUGUCUAUAAGCUGACUUACUUUCCCAUUCAAGCAUUGGCCGAACCCAUUCGCUUUCUGUUAAACUAUAAUGGUACCGAGUUCAUCGACUAUCGUUUUGACAGGGCGGAUUGGCCGAAGAUUAAGCCGACUACGCCGUUUGGCCAAGUACCCGUGCUCGAAGUAGAUGGAAAGAAGAUUGCUCAAUCUACAGCUAUUUCUCGCUACUUGGCAAAACAAUGCGGUCUUGCCGGAAAGAACGAUUGGGAAUCUUUAGAAAUCGACUCUACUGUCGAUACUAUACAUGAUUUACGCGCCAACAUUGCGGCUUAUCACUAUGAAAACAAUGAAACUGCUAAAGAAGAGAAACUCAAAAAUGCCAAGGAGAAGGUGCCGUAUUAUCUGGAGCGUCUGGAUGCUCAGGUGCAAAAGAACGGUGGUUACUUUGUCGGUGGUGCUCUAACUUGGGCUGAUCUUACUUUUGUCGCUUUAUUGGACUAUCUAAAUUUUAUGAUGAAAGAGGAUAUAAUCAAGAAUUAUGAUAACCUGAAGCAACUCAAACAGAAGGUCGAGGAGAUACCGGCCAUCAAGAGCUGGAUUGAAAAGCGUCCGAGCGAUAUAUAUCCAUGAAUAUGAUCAAUGCAAUUUCUGUUUGCAAUUUUUAUUGAUGAUUGAUUUUUUAAUCGUUAAUUGCUUGUCACGUUGAAUCAAAUAUCAAUUUUUUUCUUUUUCCAAUGUGUUUAAAUUUAAAUAUGCAUGAUAGAUUUAGAAAUGUGCGCACCAGAUAUAAAUAUAUAUUUGAUUACUUGUUUGAAAGUGCAUUUUUACUCGUAUAUUAAUACGACGAUAAUAAGAAUACUGAAAGAUUAUUUCUGAUGAAACUUUAACAAGACUGUUUUUUUCGCAUUCUAUAAUUUUAUAUUUUAAUAAAUCGCUACCUUUUUAUUAUUUUAUGUACAUUUUAUGUGUAUUGCUGAUUUGUAUCCCCACAGAUUUCACUUUUUUUAUUUAUUCAGAAUUUGUUAAAGCAUGACUAUAUUCUUGUAUUCACUAUACCCACUUUCCUUUGAUCAAUUUAUAAAAUAAUUUUUAUAUUUAUAUUUAAAUUCAAGUGAAUAUUUUACUUAUACUGAAUGUGCCUAGAGAAAAUUUUGCAUCGAAGAUAACAGAAAUAUUAAAUAAUAUAGAUAAGAAUCGUUCGUAAAAAAAAUUACGAUUCUGAUAAUUUUGAGAUUUCUUUUUAGAUUAAAUAUCUCGAAUUAAAUCUAUAUAUGUUUCCAAAGCGCCAAUGGCUUGCGAAAGAUGCGUUUAAGAUAAGUAAAAUAUAUUUUUACUACAUAUGUGUCAUCGUGCGAAAUACAAGCGAGUAUAGCAUUGAAAAUAUCUUUUAUAGGAUAUCGUGACGUAGCUUUUGCGGUGGCCAUGUCGCUAUAUUAUCACAAAGUACACACACAAUGUAAUGCAACCGAAGGUUGCGCAAGUUAAUUGGAAUCGAGGGAGGGACUAUACUUAAUCACGUAACUGGAAAUGUACGCAUGAAUUUUCAAUGUAUUAUACGGUGAUAAAUAUUAUUGCUGCAAAUUUCGUUGGCAAAAAGAUUGCAGAUUUUACACAGGCCAAUGUAUGUACAAUUAGUGUAUAAUAUUGGCAGAAAUAAAACUCUGUUUGUCAAUGAGA